UCCAUCCUGCGGGUGAUACUCGCCGUGUACAUUAUACGGGGUCAUGUGACAUAAUCUGCCGCCAUCUCCCCUGAGCUCCAUCCUGUCUCUGGGCUGAAGAGCUGACGCUCGGAUACAGCAAAUGAUCACAACUCUCAUCAUCCUCCUCUGUCUCCCGGCAGGCGUCCUGGGUAAGGAGGUCUGCUAUGACCAGCUGGGCUGCUUCUCCGACAAGAAACCCUGGUCUGGGACCCAGAAGAGACCGCACAUGCCGCUGCCCUGGUCCCCGAGAAAAAUCAACACCCGCUUCUUGCUCCUCACGAGGGGGAACCCCAACAAGCAUCAGGAAAUUGAUGCGAGAAGUGUGAAGAGUGUGAAGGCGUCAUUGUUCAACGCAUCUCGGAAAACGUGUUUCAUUGUCCACGGAUUGGGCGACAAAGCCGAGAAUAACUGGGUGUCGCAAUUAUGUCGUGAGAUUCUUGGGGUGGAUGAUGUGAACUGUAUCGGGGUGGACUGGCAUUAUGGCUCCGGAAAUAUUCUCAUCUACAGUCAGGUGACCAGCAAUGUACGAGUGGUGGGGGCGGAGAUGGCCCGAGUCCUGAGGACCUGGCAGGAGGAUCUGGAAUAUCCCCCCUCAAACGUUCACAUUAUUGGGCACAGUCUGGGAGCUCAGGUGGCCGGAGAAGCUGGAAAGAGACAUCCCGGGGUGAGGAGAAUUACUGGUCUUGACCCGGCUCGGCUCCAUUUUGAGGAUACACCCAAUGAGGUCUCACUUGACGCCUCUGAUGCCGACUUUGUUGACAUAAUUCACACUGACGUUGACCCAAUUUUUGGUCUUGGCUUAAUAAGACCGGCCGGACACUUUGACUUUUAUCCCAAUGGUGGACGACACAUGCCGGGCUGCCCGAAUCGCCUCAGCUUCCUUAACAACUUGAAUACUAUAGUGGAGACCAUCGCAUGCAACCACCUACAGGCUCUCCGCUACUAUACAGAGAGCGUCCGCACUGCGGGGGGCUUCCUCGGAUAUCCCUGCCCAAACUACGAGAUGUUUAAAGCUGGCUCCUGCUUCCCCUGCCCCGCUGACGGGUGCCCACACAUGGGAUACUUUUCGGAACCGGCGCGUAGAGUCCCAGCCCGAGGGGAAACCUUCUACCUGCACACGGGUGCGGACCCGGCUCGCCUCUCCAGCCACAGAUAUAAAGUUACUCUGGAAAUUCUUGGAAGCCACAAGGUUUCGGGGCAGAUCUUUGUAUCUUUUUAUGGAGACGAAAUCUCUUCGGAGGAGCACCAGGUGCUGAAGGGGACUUUCACGCCAGGUAAUUCUUACUACGGUUUCAUCGAUUCCGAUAUAAAACUGGAUGAAAUAAAUUGCGUGGAUUUUGUCUGGAUUUCGCUGCUACCAAAUGUCCUGCAUUCCAAGAUGGGAGCCGGGAGGAUAGACGUACAGUCCGGAGAGGAUGGCAGCAUAUUUUCCUUCUGCGCAACCGGAACUGUAAGGGACAAAGUGGUACAAACCUUGGGCCCCUGUAAGGAAAUCCCGUACCACCCACAGGGCCACAGACUGAGCUACCGCGAUGAGUUCCUGUAGAUAACCACCAUCCGUGACCCGAAGACUGCCCCCCCGAUGAUGAUGAGGAGGAGGAUGGUGACGACCCAACGUGCGGGACGUUCAGAUGCUGCAGAUCCCAGACCUUGCAACGUCCUCUGCUGAUGUUCAGCCAUUUCUGGUUUUUAUCUGUUCCAGGAAAAGCUGGGUGACAGCCAAUACAGUCUCCAAUUCCGCUCAGAAAGGGGUCUGUUGCCCUACUUUCCAAGACUCCUGAAUGGUAAUUUUGCCUAGUUAAGUAACAUUAAGGGAUGGAAGAAAAUACAAUGUGAAAGACUAGGAAGUUUCCAGAUUUUGUAAAAGCUGAGUGAUGUGCGCGAUGGCUGA